AUGUUUAGUAUAAUGAAGUCUAAUCUUUCGAAGAGAAAGAACCAGCUAUUAGAGAAUAAAGAAGUAGAAACAGAAGACUUAAGAACACACAAGAUAAGACAAGAGAAAAAGGAAAGAGCUAUCUGCAGAGCAAAGAUAUACAUGCUCAUUGGAGUAGCUAUAUUGUGCCAUGUGUGGGACAAAGUAUUGACAGUGGACAGGCUAAGAAAUUUCCAGAUAAAAGCUGCUGCUAUUUCUGAAGAAACAAAAGAAGGCAGCCAAGGUGGAGAGAAAUUCACAGUAGAAGAAAUAGCUAGAAAUAUUGGAUUUAUGAGUAGGAAGAGGUUUUUGUCACCCGAGAUACAGCUAGACCACUCUAUAGAAGUUCUCAAAAAAGACUCUGAAAAUAUAGAGGCGUGCAAUGAAGAUAACUCGGAUAAGCACAUUCCAAGUGAUUCUAUUAUCUACAAACAUACACGAAAAUUCAACCAGGACAGAUUACGUAAUAACCCUCUAUAUGAAGAUGGUCUACUCAAGUACAAUAAUGGAUAUUUUAACAUGCUUCUUGAGCUGUUUCCCUCGCUAGGUGGAUUUGCGUCAAUAUGUUCAGAAGAUGUUUGUUCUUUUUAUGAAUUUAUUAACAGAGCUUCUGUAGAAAAGAAUAAGCACAAAAUACUUGCCUCGCUGCUGCUUCUUGCAGAAGGAGUGAAUGUGCCACUGGAAGUUAAUAAAGGUGAAAGAACUGAUCUGGUUCUUAAGAAGGCAGAUGGAAAGGAAGAGCACUUCAGAAUUAAUAUGACUUUUAUGGCUAACAAGAAUAAAUAUAAGAAAAAACCCACAGGCGUGCAUGAAAAGGUAUUGCAGGAAAAGGCAAUUAAUGUUAUAAACUUCUUUAUAGAAAGCAGAGAAAAUCCAGUUUACAAAAAAGAGGAGCCCACUCUACAGUCACUUUUCUGUAGAAAGCUUGUGGAUAACAAGUUUUUAAACAGCCCUAGCUUCCUUAUACAAGCUUAUAUAUAUCACUACAUAGAGAAGACUGAGGAGAUGGUUUUAUUCAUUCAAACAGUGCAUGAUCUACUAAAUGAGUUUAUAGAUAAGAAAGAAGGAGUUUCAAGAGAAGUGCGCAUAGAAGAGGCUGUGAAUAAUCUUCUAAGUUUGUAUAUGGAGGAGAUAUGUGUCAAACCAGAAGAUAAAAAGCCUAAUAACAAAGCUGCAGUGCAAAAAAAGAGUGUGUGUGCCGAAUGCAAUAUACCAAAGAAAUAUAUUUCAAUUGGAAGAAGAAGAAUAGAUAUAACUCAUCUGGCAAAAAGAUCUCUGUACAAUGAUUUCAGAAACCAAGUGUUUCAUAAGCUAUGUCUCGAACCACUUGAGGAUCCUGCUUCUAAAAAAGAGAAUAUGGAUAGCAGUAUGGGCCAGACUAACUAUUGUGAGACAGCACUGUUUGGCCUAUUCUGCUCAGCUGCAUAUAGACAAAAUGAGAAUAUAUAUACAGUUCACGAUGUAAAGUCUGCCUCUAAGGAGCUAAGAGGCUUUUUCAGAAAGUACAUGAUCGCCCCCACAGACAGGGCAAUCAUAAAGAGAAUGCACCAAGACUGGGUAGAUGAUGUAGUGUUUGGAGAAAAUAACCAGGGAACACAAUAUAUGUGGAUAGAUGGAAAAACACUUAUGCCAGGAUUGAUAAAUAUACUGUAUGGAUUUUCAAAGAUAGCAGGUAUAUGUGACUUAAGUAAGAUAAAUGAGAUUAGAAGAAGGGUGGAUGAUAUGAACAUUAAUGGUUCCGUAGAUGACUCUAAUAAAAUAGAGAAAGAAAAGAAGGAAGGACUUGAGAGUAUAAUAAGCGCAUAUAUGACUGAGCUAAUUAAGAAAAUUGCGUUAGGUUAUGAUGUUAGUGUUCAGACAUCCAUUAACUCUAAAAUGUCUUUUAAAGAUGGUUGCAGUGAUGUAUUUGGGGGCCUAAAAAUAUCUUAUACUCCCAUUAAUGAACAGGACAGGGAUGAUUUCCAAACUUAUUCAUAUUGUUAUGAAUUUAAUAUAUGUCCUGAUUGUUCUAAUGAUGGUAAAGAACUGGCAUGGACAACCAAUUUUAAUGCUUUUCACUUACAAGAAAUAUCAAAAAAGCUAAAAUUAAAGAAAAAGAAGAAAGAGAAGAAGAAAGAGAAAAAGCAAGAGAAGAAGGUAGAGAAAAAGAAGGAAUUGUCUAUUAUAGAGAAAGUUGAAUUAUAUGUAGGUGAAGAAAUACAGUUAAGUAGAAAAAAGGCAGAAGAAUGUAAGAAAAACUCUAAGUUGAAUAAACAAGAGCAGCCCAAGCAUAGCUAUGCCGACUGGAGCGAGAGUAUUAACACGCUUCUGCUUGAUCCACAAAUCUAUUUGGGUAAGGAUAGAAGAACAAUUCUAUGCGGGUUAUUUCUAUUCGCAAAAGGCCAAGAUUUUGAAGAAAUCCAUCCUCUUGCAUGUUUAGCAGAGAAUAUUAUGAAAAAUUCUUGCCAUAAUUUUAAUACUACUAAAGGUGAAGUGCUUAUAAUGCAUAGCUUGGAGAUAGCAGACAAGUGCUAUCCAAAUACACCCAUAGACAUGGAUGCAUUUAAAGAACGCCCUAAUUGUUUUAUAACUGCAUUAAAACAUGUAUUAAUAUUAGCAACUGAUGCAAAAUACAUAAGCCAUAAAAAAUAUGCUGAUAUAAUCACAGACUUAAUGAUUAAAUUCCGAGAAACGUGCUUGGAAGAUAGCUACUAUUCAAGUUUGGAGUCAUUUGCUAAAGAGCUGGAUGAGGACAAAAGAAUUUUACUUAUAAAGAUUUUGACACGGAAUGGACACAAUAUUAAGCAUAUUACUAAAAUUGUUCAAUCUAUGCAGAAAAUAGAGAAAGAACAUUCAGUUGCCGAUUAUGAGAAGCAUAGUAACCAGUUCCUGCUAUGGUUUAUUUGGGCCAUAAAGGAAAGUAACCAUAAGAGUUUUUUUACUAAACUAAAAAAAUGCCAGGGAUUAAUUGACAUAGCAGAGAUAGAAAAAAUUAAUAGUGAGACAUUUUCUUCUAAAUGGGGUAUAGACAUAAAUAUACCAGAACUGCUUAAAGAGAUAAGAUACACAUGA